AUGUUCCCAACUGUCUUCUCUGGCUACAACACCGUGACCUUGGUUCAGCCAGCUUUUCCAGCCCAGCCGCCUUUCCAUCCAACAUUUGUCCUCCUUCAGCCAAUUCCCAUAAUUUUCGCGCCGAUCCAGCUGCCAGUCCAGAAAUUUUCGCCUCAAGGAAUUUUGGAUGACGUUUAUGGAAGAAUGGCCGAAAAAGAAGUCUACUUCGCCGAUAACUCCAGGCUCAGUAACUUCUCCAUGCUCCCGGUCGCCUUGCUCGAGCCAGGAAUCGAGUUCUGGAUACUCUUCCGAAGGUGA